AUCGAUUCCUUGCUACCAUAUUCUAGUUUAUCAAUAUUUAUCUUUUCGUAUAUAUUCAUUCCUAAUCAAACUCACACCCAUAUCACGUCACCCCUUAUGGUUGGUUCCGGUGAUGUGUCUCCGGCGAUCGAUGUUCAGGUUGCCUGAGUUCGGUUUAAUCGGAAUUCACAUCGUCUCGUCUUACUUGACCACUGGCUGGAGCUGGACUUCACAAAAUCUGUCACAAAUCACAACCGGAUGGUCCGGUCAGGGGUUCAGGCGGAUUGAUACUUGGAUCGUGGACGAUUUGCUUUGGAACGUUGUUAUGGCGAUCGAGUCGGUUGUUCUUGGCUCUAUGCUUGGUUGUUACUUUGUGUUCUGUGGUUGUACUUUGUAACUCAUGCCUCUGUAUAUUCAUACUAGUUAUAUACAAUAUUUUCUUAAAUAAUUCUUUGUAUGGAAGUUUGUUAUGUUGGUUGAAAUUCGGUUGGAUUGGUGGCUUAUGGUUGAAUUGUUUGUAAUGUUUUUGUUAUUGGUUGGGUUUUGUGAAUUCAAUUUGUAGAUGCAUGUGUAAA